AUGCCCGCAAGCAUGGACCCGUUGCAGAGUUUGACGCACAUAGACACGGUCAUUUCCUUGCUAUUCUUGGCAAAGAAAGCAGACGACAUCGACGAUACAGGCGACAUCGAUGACACAGGCGACAUCGAUGACACAGGCGACAUCGAUGACACAGGCGACAUUGACGACAUCGGCGACAUCGACGACAUCGACGACAUUGACGACAUCGACGACAUCGACGACAUAGACGACAUAGACGACAUCGACGAAACGGGCGACAUCGACGAAACAGGCGACAUCGACGACAUAGAUGAUGUAAAUGACGAAGACGAUGUAGAUGAUGUAGACGGUAGAGAAAAUGUGGCCGACGCGGACGAUCCGGCCAAGACGUAG